UUUGGUGACGGCUCUCAUCUUCGUUGGAGGGAGGACCGAAAUGGCAACGGCUAAGAUGGAAAGGAAGAGGGCAUGCGUAACUGGAGCCACAGGAUAUGUGGGGUCCAUGCUCGUUAAAAGCUUGUUAGAGAAAGGGUACGCCGACAACGCCACCGGCAGAGACCCAGCAAAUAGCAAAAAGGUGUCCCACCUCUUAGAUCUUCAAGUCUUGGGUGAUCUAAAACUUUUCAAGGCAGAUCUCAUGGAGGAAGGCAGCUUUGAUGAUGCCAUCAACGGUUGUGAUUUCGUCUUCCAUGUGGCAACCCCAAUGAUCUUGGACUCUAAAGACCCAGAGAAUGAUAUGAUCAAGCCAGCUAUCAAUGGGACAUUGGACGUUUUGAAAUCAUGUGUGAAAACGAAGACCGUAAAGCGUGUGGUCUACACAUCAUCUGUGGCUGCUGUGGCGCGGAAGAAGCUCACUAGGAUAGGCCAUGUUCUCACUGAGGAGAGCUGGUCUGAUGUUGAAUAUUUGACUUCUAAGAAGCAGCUGUCUUGGGAAAGCUGGUUUUUGUUUUGGAAAACUACAAUGGCGAAAGGAAAGAAGAAAGCUCUAGCUGCCAUUACUGCAGCCAUCCCAGCUCUUCCUGAAUCAUCUGUUGCAGUCAUCUAA